AUGUCGCUGCUGCCGCCGUGCGGACGACCCGAAUCCCCAUCCGCCCGGCCGGGCUGCGCCGAGGGGCGGCGGUCGUCAAGCACGCGCCGUCAUCGCGCGGGGCUGGGGCAGCAGCAGCAGGCGCCCGACGGCAGCACGGACACGGCCUGCCGCAGCCGUACAGCGAGCAAGGCGGCGGACUCCGCUUCUGGCGGCUCCGGCCUCAUUGGGACGCCCAGCGUCCGGCACCGCAGGGCCGGGUGCCCAUGUCCAAAGGCGGAGGCGACGCCGAGCUUGCAAGAGGACACCCACAGGCACAUGCACAUCUUCGCUGUGUGUGACGCGUGCGCAGCGCGGACAUGCCCAGGCACCCUGCCAAGCACCUAUGCCGCGCUCAUGGCGCCGAGGGCUUGGCGACCAAGCCACGGCCCUGUGCGCCAGCUCAAGGAACUGCGCGUCGCUUUGCCCAGGGUCCGGCCGCACGGCGGCCAACCUGCGACAGCAGUUGACUACAACAUGCACCGGUUCAGGCGGCUCUGGGGCAUCCUGGCCGGUGAAGGUGCGGACGGUGUAGUCCUGCACGCUAGAUUGCGCAGUGCGCUGGUCCGGCAGACGGGGCGGCGGGUGAAGGGCCUCCUCGCGGCACCAAGCCGUCAGCUGGUCGUCAUGCUCCGGGGCCCACCCGUCCACGGCGCAGACGGGGCACGCGCCGUGAAGGACAUGCCGCGGGCAGACUGGCAAAGGCACGGGGCGCAAUGCACCGAGACUGUUCGGGAGGAGGGGCUGAAGGCAGACACAGCAGUCAUCAAGCUCUGCGGCGUGACCGCGGCGGGCUGGGAGGGCGCGGCGGCCCCGUCCAACAAAGCAUCCUCGUUUCCCUGCGCUCGCCGCGCAGUAGGAGUAGCGCUGCGGCGGCGGGACAUCGUUCGAGCUCACCAGCACACGCGUCGCGCAAUUGUACACGACGCAGCUCGCGCGCUGGGCCUGGGAGUGGCGAAGAGCCGAAACACAACGCUGGGGCCCGGCCUCGAGGCCCAGGCAGUGCGCAAGCUCGCGUUCAGAGAGGCGGCCGAAGCCGCGGCCGCCAAGGUGGGAGGAGCGGGCGCGCCGAAAGGAGACGGCCGCGCGGCGGCCGAGCCGCUGGUGGCCGCAAAGGGCGAAGGAAGCGCCGAACCGGGCAACGCGCCAGUGAAGGGCGACGGCGCUGCGGCCGGAGCACCGCCAGGCCCGAAGAAAGGCGAGGUGGCCACAGGGACGUGUGCCGGGGUUGGCGGCGCCGAGGUGGCGGAGGCGGCCGAUGGCGGCGGCAAGGCCGAGAACACAGUACGUGGGCGCCCCACGGCGCGCCUUAGCGCGGGCCUGCCGCGCCCGGACCGCGCGUCCUGCGCGAGGGCGCCGGCGCCGGCGAGGAGGAAGCGGAGCGCGGCCCGGCGGCCGGUGGCGCCGGCGAACCGGACGGAGAGGUGGAGGAAGGAGAGGGCGAAGCACCCGCACCCACUACACGCCGAGGUGGCGACGCGGGGCUGGCACGGUAGCGCCAACGACGUCGUCGACGGCGUGCCUCGUCUGCCGAAGCCCGCGCUGGGCCCGGCCGGGCGGAUGGGGAUUCGGGUCGUCCGCACGGCGGCAGCAGCGACAUGGCGUCUGGCUCGCUGGACGAAGCCGGCGCCCCACCUGCGCUGCUGCCCGACGCUGCGUCCAGCAGUGACAGUGCUCCCCUACGGGUUGCGCAGCGUGCUGCCAGUGUUGCGGCACGGGUCCCACGAGGCCUUGUCGGCCUUGGCCUUGGCCCGCCUCACGGCGCUUCAGAAGCCCGGCAGAGGAUGCCGGCAAAGCGUGGCACACGCAUUGCUGGUCUGUGCGGGGGGCUCCCCGGUGCACUUCUCCGAUGGGUUUGGCCCACUGAGCCUGGCCUGGGGGUGGGCAGUCCUGGCCUUGGCGACGGGGACGCUCCUAGGCCUGCCACGCGCUUCGUUCGGACGGCGGGCGCCGCAGCUGCUGGCUGCCACGGGGCCGGACGCGCAUGGGAGCCGAGGCCGCGUCGCGCGGUGCCCAUCUUCAGGCCUAACUCCUGUUCAGCCUCCGCGGCCCACGGCUGCCAGGGUUUGCGGCCGCAGCCUCCGCAGCCGGCGAGCAGCAUGCUCGCUCGGCCGCGGUGGCGGGCAGCCCGCGGGCUUGUAG